AUGUCCUACUUCCACACCUUGCUCGCCGAGGUAUGCACCGGUGUAGCGCCAGAGGUUAACGCCAAGGCGCUGGCCUGGGGCAAGCAGUACGAAGAAGACGCCCGCACCCUCUUCGAGUUCACCACUGACGUGAAAGUCACGGAGUCUCCGAUCUUGUUCCGUGACGAGAGCAUGCGCACCGCCUGCUCCCCUGACGGCCUGUGCAGUAACGGGUUCGGCCUUGAGCUUAAAUGCCCUUUCACCUCCCGCGACUUCAUGAAAUUCCGCCUUGGCGGUUUCGAAGCCAUCAAGUCUGCGUACAUGGCCCAGGUGCAGUACAGCAUGUGGGUGACCGGAAAAGACGCAUGGUUCUUUGCAAACUACGACCCGCGCAUGAAACGCGAAGGCAUUCACCACGUCGUCGUUGAGCGGGAUCCUCAGUACAUGUCCGAUUUCAACGAAAUGGUGCCGGAGUUCAUCGAGAAGAUGGACGAGGCGCUGGCAGAGAUCGGCUUCACGUUCGGGGAACAGUGGAAAUGA